UGAUGGUGCCGUGAGCUCUGUCUGCUUCCUGCCUUUGUGACUAAAGCUCAGUUUUAUGAGCGGAGACGUUAUAAAGCGCUGCCGCCGGUCAGCGGUGUUUCACGGCGUCUCUUCCUUUUCGCGACAAGGUCAGAAUUUAACGAUACAUGACAGGAGGGACUGUCCGUGUUCCGGUUCGUGGUGGGAUGGUGACGCCAGCUGCUCAAUUGUAAGACACAUCUUUCCUCCCAGCGACCACUGUUUCGCCUCUCAGACCCAAUGGCCAGCCGUCUCCUGGUCAGAUACGCCCGUCUGCUGGGCAGGGCCUCCUCCCAAACUGCAGCUGCUGCCACCCGCCUCCCUCCGCCUGUGGCUGGGUCUGCAGAGCUGCAGAGGGCUCAGUGCUGGCCGCAGGUUGUAGAAAGGUAUAUGUGUGAAGGACAGACAAUGACCAAGGAGGAAUCUGUUAAACACAUACCUAAAGUCACCCAGCUAGCUGAUUUGGUGGAAAAAGCAACUGUGCCAGAGGACAUCCUGCUGGCCUGGGCAGAGCAUGGACAGACUGCCAAUGAAGCUGCUCAUGCCCUGAAGCAGUUGACUCUGUUAGUGCUAAAGACAAAGGGCAAGUUUAACGGAGACGCACCAAAUCUGACACUAAAUCUGAUGAAGGAUUCAAGAGUGCAGGAUAUAAUAAACACCAUAUCUCAGGCGGUUCCUUCAAUUUGGAACAGCAAUCUUAUGUCUGUCUUGCGAACUCUCUGGAUUAUGGAUGUGCCCUCUACUGAUCCGGUACUCGUUUCCAUCCAGACUGAGGUCCUGUGGCGAGUCCGUAAGCUACCCUACAAGCAGCUGAGCAUCCUGGUAGAUUGGGGAGCAGGCAGGGAAGGAGAGAACAACGUGGCAGUAGUGAAUGCUGCAUUAAAACAGCUGGAACUGCGCUGGACUGAAAUCUCUGACGCUAAAACUAUCAGUACUCUGAUGAACAAAGGACAACACAUGUCACCCACCUUGAUAGACAGACUUGAAGACAAGGCUUUGGAGCUCGCAGAGAGUUUUUCAUCUGAAGACAUCCGCAGAGUCUUUGUAGCUAUGGCAGCUCUGAACCGCAGAUCCGUCCCGCUGCUCAGAGCUUUCUCUUACCAAGUUCUCCAGAAGCCGUCGUCAGAGUUCACCACUCCACUGAUAAUGGACCUGGCUUUUGCAUACGGGAAGUUGAAUUUCAACCACUCUCAGGUAUUUCAGCGGAUAGCCUCUGAGUUGUUACCUAGAGUCCCUGAGCUCACCUCUGGUGAUGUCACACGUGGAGCCAAAUCACUCGGCUUCCUCAAAUGGCUCCACAUCCCUCUCUUUGAGGCCUUUGCUGAGCACUACAUAGCAAAGAGUCACAAAUACAGUACUCCUCAGCUCUGUAAUCUGGUCAUGACUUUUGCCAGACUGAACUUUCAGCCCAGCAAAAGAGAAGAGUUCUACAGCAAGGUUCAUGCUGCGCUGGGGGGCUCUCUCUCAGACCUGAAGCCCCUCUUGAAGACAGAUGUUGUUUGGGCUCUGUGUGUGCUGGAGCAGGCCAAGCCCAACUAUCUCAUGCCCCUCUUAAAACAGUCUCACAUCAAGAAACUGUCAGUGGGCAAUCCAGUUCAAGUGGAGAACUAUCAACUGAAGCUGCUGCACAUCGCUGCUACGCUCCACUUAGAGCAUCCAGGUUCCCCAAAUACUCCACCCUUCCCAAGUGGCGUGUCUUUUCCAACCAGCAGCUCCCCUCUCUCCCCUACACAGAGCAGUCUAAGAGGUGCCUUACUGAGUCUGGUGGGAGGGAGGACAGAUGCCCUUCGCACUGGGGUUGACACUGUUUAUGGAUGGACCAUUGAUGGUGAGCUGGUAGUGGAUUAUGACAACAAACCAGUUGACAUAUCGAAGCUGAAAGCCCCUCAUCUUUCCAGUGGAGGAGGAGACCAGGCUUUACCUGCAGGGGCACAGCGGCUUGCUUUCGUGGCUUGGGAAUUUCCAAACUUCGGCUCUAAGAGCAGAGACCUUCUUGGAAGGUUUGCCAUGAUGAAACGACAUCUCCAGUUGGCUGGCUUCAUCACAGUGGAGGUGCCAUAUUUUGAGUGGCUGGAUCUGAAGGUUGACCGGCAGAAGUUGGCGUACCUGAAGGACAAAAUUAGGAAGGCUGUGGCCGAGGACAUGGCCAAGUGAAGCCAUCAGUCAGAUUUGCAGACUCAGCUAUAUCAGAGCUUUCCCAACCAAAUGAGACCGCGGGGAAUACACAUGCACACCCACGUUAACACUCAGAACUGAGCAGCAUUGCAGAAAAGCUCUCUCAUACUUUGUCAGGAUUUAAAAAAAAAAAAAAAAAUCAUAUUUUCACUCUGGUUCCCUUGGCAACGUGUGGGGCUUUCCCUGUUUCCAUGGUGAUGAUGAGCCAGAAAAAGAGACAGAAAUAAACACAACAGUGAGUCCUUCUGUAGAAUUGAUAUAAGUUUUUGCAGAAGCACCCAGGUCAUUUGUAAUCAUGGCCAAAAUGUUGGCUUAUAGAUCAACAUGUGAAAAGAUUGGAAUCAAUUAGUUCUGUGAAUGUGUGUCUUGUAAUGGAAUAAAUAAUUUUAUUGUCA